AUGGCACAGUACACAAAAGCCAUGGGCACCGUACGAAAGUACACGCCCGCCACUCUCAAGCGAGACGGUAAGCCCGCGUUUGUGUACGUCUACCGACACCUCCAGACGGGACAGGUGGCCUACACCCAGGUCCCCGGCGUGACGGAGCACCAUCUCAACCGACAGUUCAAGGACCCCAACUGGGAGAACAAGCGGCCCACCAUGCGACAGGAUCUGUGGCGGCCCAUGGCCGUUGCCGAUUUCGGCGACCACCAGGCUGCUUGUGAUGCCUACGACGGCCUCGUGUACCUGCGAUACAAGCGAACCCACGACGGCAAGAAGGACAUCAAGGGGUGGAGAAAGACCAACGCCGCCGGAAACGUGUGGCAGGACGGCCAGUACCGGCCCGUUUACACACAGGAGGCGCUGGCAGACCUGUCGACCGUCACCGAGGCCGUCAAGGUGCCCGUGACCAUCCACUGGGAGGACCUGUGGAGACGAGGAGCCGCUGAGUCCUGGCCUGAGAAUGCUGACCAUAGCGUUCUCAAGCGAUGGGACGCCAUCUACCCCCAGUCUCUGGAAAAGCGACUUGCCAAGGAAGCCAAGGUGCCUGGUGAGACGACUGCUGAGCAGUAA